GUGGCGGCGGCAGGGGUAGCGGCGGCGGCGGUGGCGGCGGCAGGGGCAGCAGGAGCAGCAGGGUCAGUGGUGCUGUCAGUUGGGCCGUCGGAGAAAUGGGAGACCCAGGGUCGGAGAUAAUAGAAUCUGUCUCUCCAGCUGGGCCUGAGGCAUCUGAGUCAACAACGGAUGAAAACGAAGAUGACAUUCAGUUUGUUAGUGAAGGACCAUUAAGACCUGUUCUUGAAUACAUUGAUCUGGUCAGCAGUGAUGAUGAAGAGCCUAGCACCUCUCAUAGUAAUAGAAUACCUGAGUCUAAGGUGCCAUCCUCUGAGAAUCAUCGCCCAGAAAUGUGCUCUAGCUGCAAUGCUCCUCUUCCCAGUGGAGAUAACAGCUCCUCCUUUGGGAGUUGCUCCAGCAGUCCACAAAGGAUAGUUUCUCAACCUUCCUCUGUUGAGAACACAGUGGAGAGCCAGGAAAAUAAUCAAAAUAAUUCAGAUAUUAUGAUCUCUGAGACAGAGACUUCUAGAUCAUCACAAAAUAAUCAGACUCUGCCUUCAUCUCUACUUCUGGUCCCCCAAGAAUCUUUGGCCUCUUUGGAGGUUAAGGAGGAUUUACCUAUAGAGUCUCCUUCAGCUUCACAGCAUGGACAGGAUGCCAUACUCUAUCUCCAGACACAAGUGGCUGAGAUGUCUCGAGUGAUACGUGAUCUACAGUCCAGGAGCUGUUUUAGAUUUCAUCAUUCUAGGCCAAGUGAGAACUCCUCAGUUCCUUGGGAAAUCUCUUCCUCUAAGGAAAAUUUAUCCACAGUUGAAAAAGAGGCUGACUGCAAAUCUCCCUCAGCCAGUGACAGAGAACAGCCAACUGACUACAGCCAAUCUAGUUUCACAGGUCUUUUGAAGAGAAUGGAACAAAGAGGUGUUAUAAAGAGGAUAACAUUACAACCAGAGGCAGAAUCAUGUGAAGGGAAACCUGAUUGUGUGACCUCUAAGAAACGUUUGGUUCCUCCAUUACAUCCUCUUUUGAGAAUUGCCACAACUGAGGUUUUUAAAGACCCUGCUGAUUGCCAUCCUUCUUCCUUCAUGGGACACAGGGUAUAUCCUGUUGCUAAGGGCACCUCUCCUUUCCAACCAAAUCCACCAGCUGAGGGCCCCAUUGUAGAAGCCUUAGAGCACAGCAGAAGAGGAAACACAACAUCCCCUCUAGAUUCUACCUCAAAAGAAAUGGAGGUCAUGGGUUGUAGGUUCUACCAUGCUGCUUCCAUUGCAGCCCGAGCUGCUAGCUAUGUGGCCUAUAUGACUCAGUAUCAACGUAAACUCUGGGAAGACAUGGAAGAUCUGGUUCAUGACCCAGAGUUUGACAGUGGAAAAGCAAGAUGUAUAAUUUCUGAAGGCAUGGACGCAGGCCUGUGGCAGCUUUGUACUACUAGGGAUAUAAUGGACUCUGUAGUUAGAGUUAUGGCCAUGGCAGUAGACUACAGACGGCAAGCCUGGCUCCGACUUACAUCUCUAACUAAGAAAACACAGGAGAAGAUCUCACACUUGCCCUUUGAUGGUACUUCCCUCUUUGGUCAAGAUGUGAAUGCUGUUGUUGCGGAAGAAAACAGUAUAAAAGAAAAUGACUGUAAAGACCACAACAGAUACUCUAACCAGCAUCGAUACUUUUAUAGUCAUGACCAGAAAACACAUUAUCACAACAGGGGAUAUUCCAAAGGGGAUUGGUACAAACCCCGAAAGCAUCCUUAUAGAUAUAGGAAAAAGGGGGAGUCCCCAGAACACCAUGGGUACAAGAAUUAAUUAACUGUUGAUGUUCAGCAGAAUAGCCAUCCAAGAUCCUAACUAUUUUACUUGCUCCUCCCCACUCAAACAAUUCUACAGGUGGGAGGUUAUCUAAAAAAUUGAAUGAAUAUCAGGAAUCACCACUGCUGACAUUUGAAUUCUAGACUUUUGGAAUAAAGUGUUUAAUAAAGAGACUCAGGCUUUGUUGGCCAACUGAUCAGUGGAGACUUUUGUCUGAGAAGGGUUGAACGAAGCGGGUUGUCUGUUAAUUCUUGUCCAGAAUAAGUCCGGAAGAGGACACUCAGAAAUCUGGAUCCCCUUGUGAUUAAAGAACAAUACAUAGAUUUGUUCCUCAGGAAAAUCUUACUGGUAAACUGAGGACUAGCAGAUUUAAGAUUUAGAAAUGACCUACUACCACUACCAGAUCUCUCCUUACUGAGAGCAGAGGCAAAUCCUUCAUUUUUAAGUCCCCAGUACCUCCUUGUUCUGACUUCAGCUUAAUAGUUUUGACAAAAUGGCAAAUCUUUUACAGUCUCUAUGUUAGGAUAGUCAGCUUGCUAAGAGUCCGUUCUACUCUCGAGCUCUAUGAGACUUCAGAAUCUUGUUGGACAAGAACUGGAAUACAGAUCAAGUUUUGCCAUAUCCAGCUUGAUUCCAGUAUGACGGCUGGAUGUCACUGAUCUACUGUGGACAUCAGCUGGGAAAAAACCUUCCUUUCUGUAACAUCGCUGCAGAAAUUUUCACAGUAACCAUACCCAUCAAUACCUUGGUGGUCACCAUACCAUUAUACUCAUAAAGCUGCGUGUGAGAGAAAUCAUUGUUGUCAUCAGUCCUAAUGGUCUUUGACCCAUCAAGCUUUCACAUAUCAGCAAGCUUGUGAGACCCUCUCGUGGUGGUCUCCCAAUGUAACAUGGGCCUUUCACCAAGCUGGCCUUCCUAAACAAACUUGUCUUCUAAACAGUUAACUCUGAGCUUGGUAAUUUACCACAAUCUAAAUUUAAAAGAUACAUACAUGAGUGCACUGGAAAUAAAGCAAGUUGUUCACACCAUCCAGGCAUGCAAAGCUGAACUCUUAAAGAGAAGAAUUCCAAACAUGCCUGACCAUCUGGUUCCCUUAUUUUAAUAAAGAGAGAUGCUAUCAGUAUAGAUACUGUUGAGAAAUCCAUAAGGUCUAGAGCAUAACUGAAUAAUGUAAUUAAGAGAACAAACCACACAGUUCUGUUUUUGGAUAUCUAUUCAAAUGAUGGCAUCCAUUAAUGAUUUCUUGUAAGGCUGAGCUCUAGACUUCAGUGACGUGUUCUUGGUUAAUUGGCCCCUUAAUCUAGUCACACUUUUACCAUGAGAGAUGACUUGUCUUUUUGAUCCCUGUUGGUCCCAAUAAUCGUUCUCUAACAUACUGGAACUGGCAGCAGAUACCUCAGUAAUAGGCUCCACAGUAUCUUCUUUUUAAUCUCAAGGCAGUGGCUAUAAUGGUAUACAGCCCUUACAUCCUUUUCUUCGCAGCAUGACUUCAGGAAUGGAGAGAGUGUCAAGUUUGAGGGCUCUGACUACGUCACCUAAUAUUGUUUGCUUGGCAGCCAAAAAAAAUUUUUUUGACGUAAUUUUGUAACUUCUUGGUUUGUCAGGCAUUUACAUUUCUUUCAUAUGCUUGAUCAAGAUAUUUUGGGUUAUAGUACUGGUUCAUGUGGUUUUAGUUUCUUCUUGCCAUAGUUCUCGCAGAGCAGUGAAAGGCAUCUUCCUGGUACCCUGCUUUUUAAUAGUUUUAUUGGCAGCUAAUUCUCCCUCCUCAUGAUAACCAUGUUUAGCACCCUUUUAAUGAACUUUUCUUAUUUGUGCUAUAGACGUUGAAAACUCAAAUUUCUCUGCUUGGAAGAGGUUAUUUUGUCAGAUAAUUUCAGGGUACUGUUUUAAUAAGUUCUAUCCUAUUUGUGGAUUAAGCCUGAGCUACAGUCUUGUUGGCGGAUAUCAUCUUGUGAACUUAACCAAGUUAUACCUAGAGUGAACAGUUCUUAUUUUUCUAUAUUUUCCACAAAGUUUUACUUUUGCUGCUUUAGGUCCAUAACCAAUGCCUUUGAAACUGCCUUUCAAAUUGAACACUAGAAGAGCAUUUGAUUCACUACCUGAAGAGAAUCACACAUGGAUUUUUGUAGCUCAUGGUUUGUAAUACACCAAUCAAAGUCUCAUGUGCCUUUGAUGUUGGCACUAUAGUUUCUUCUAUGGAAGAACUAGCCACUAGGGAACUCAGUGGAGAGAGAGACCUUGGGACCAUUCUGUGUAGCUGCAUAUAGGUGUUUCCAACUAGCUAAGGUUAUUUUAACUGUAUCAACUUUUCCAUUUCUCCCCUUUCCCUUCCUGAUUAGAUGGAUCACAAACUUGACAAUUUGAGAUAUCCUUAUUUUCUAAAAACCAAAUCAAAAUAAAUGAUUCUUGAAGAUGUGAAUCUCUGAAACUGCUUUGGCACUAAUACUUCCCGUGCUCCUUUAUUAAAUAUUUAUCAGACAUACACUCUAAUCUUUUCCUCUUGUGAUAUUUAUGUUUAGUAAAAAAAAAAAAAAAAAUUGCAUAAUAAAGUAAAUAAUAAAUAACAUCACUUUACCAUUUUGUAAUUGAUAUACCCAGGCAUCUCCAGAGAAUUCAGUUUUCCUGAAAGUAAAGGUAUUGGGAAAUCACUAAAUUGGUGAUCAAGUAGGUAAUUUCUGAAGGGAUUUGGCAGUUGAGUAGGGAUGGAGAUGACUAUAUUAGAAUGAGAAUAGAUUUUAGAUACAGAUUAAAAUAAUUUUUCGACUGCAUUCGAAACAAUAUCCUAACCUGUUUGUUUUCAUUUUUAAAUCUUUCUCUGGCAUACUUGAAUGAUGAUGGUGUUAUAAAAUUAAAAACAGGGACCUGGUCUAGGGACAGAACCCCAAUAGACCAGGGUAUGGAACUCCUAAUUAGAUAGUAAGUAUUCAUAUUGUGCCUGCCAUUUGCAGAGUCUACGACAAAAUUCUCCAUUAGGCCAACCUCUGAUAUUCACAUAUGUUAGAUUCUAUAGGGGACCUUAGAAUAGUUGGAAGUUUAAUGACUUGGUAUUCUCAAAAGGAAUGCAUCUUGUGAUCCUUUUCCUUCCUUGUUAUUUCUUAACUGGACAAAAAUGUAUAUGGAGAUAAUUUGAUGUCUUACUGUGUACUGAGAAAUACUGUUUUUGUUAAUUGUUACAUGAAGUGCCUUUUAAAAUUUCACACUUUUGUUUAAAACUUAACAUUUUGAUGUCCUGCAUAUGUUACUGGUGGUAUUUAUGUGAAUUCUGUACAAUAUCGUAAAUCUUUUGUAUCUUAUUAUCUUCAUCUGUACAGUUGUACUAUCUAAAUGUACUCUCCUUCUGAAUGUUAAUUUGUUUUCCUUAUAGCACUGUUGAACCAUUUCAGAAGGUUGCAGAGUAUCCCUCCCUUAUUUAAUUAACUUCACAGUUUUUAGUUAUUAGUGAUUGGCCCAGUUUUCUGGGCAUUUCAGCAGCUUUGUUUUUUAUCCAUAUGUUUUAGGUUUUCUGAUUGUCAUUUGUCUCAUAUCUAACCUUGUUCUUAGCCGUGGUAACACAACUUAAAUUUAAUAAGUGGAUGUGAUUACUUGAUAAUAAGAAGCAAGGAUAGUAGAGAAAAGCAAUGAAUUUGCUGACACAAUCAGUUUUUAGACUGUGUGGCUUCCUUGUCAGUAAAAUUGCAUUAAAAAAAUUUUUUUUAACUAUGUGGCAGCUUUUUUAUCAGUAUAAUUCCAUUUAUUUCUUUGCUCUCAAAAUGACAUUUGAGGAGAGCAUGAACUCUUUCAGGCUACUUGGAUGCUAUUUAGUACACUACAUUUGUACUACUCUAAUAAUUUAUUGAAUGAUAUCUUAGUGACCUGAUUGAUAAUGUCCUUUUUAAGGGCUUGAUACAUCCAGGAUAACCUCUCAGGUACUGUAAACAAGGAGGUUGGAAUAUACACUCCAGAAUCCCAUUUAGCUGUAAAAUUGGAUACUAGUUUGGAUGAACAAAUAAGAAUGAGUUAAAUCACGCAUUAAUAACUCUUGAGGAUAUCUUGACUUUAGGAUUCUUAUGGUUUGAAAUUACGGAUUAGAUCUUUGUAGAAAUAGUUUAAAGAUUGCAAUAACUGAAAACGUAAUUUUUUUUAAACGUAAGGUAUAUUUUGGCCCAGACUUGCACUAUUUAGGUUCCUUUGGCUUUUGAAAUUUACCAGUCUUUACUUAAGAUAGCGGCUCAUCCAAUAAUUGUCACAUCUGUAUACAUCUUAUGCAUGCCACUUGGUUGGCCAGAUCCAUUCCAUGUGGUUUUUUUCAUUAGUGGAUACACAAAUCAAUCUUAGUUCUUCAUUUUUCACUUAAAAUACACAGAUGGAAGUUAUCAGUAAACUGGUGAUGAUCACUAUAUUGAAUGCAAAUCUUUUAGUUAUUUUUCCAGAUAGACUGGAUUUUGUACACUGUUAAAAUAUUCGUUUAUGGAAUUUUCCUUCCUACAUAAAUGAUGAGAAUAUUUCUUUAUCAAAUCUUUUUUUCUGUUAUUAAUUAAUGGGGAUGAUAUUUUUGUACUUUUUAUGUUUGCUUGACUUUAUGUAAUGAAAACUUUUUUAUAGUAGUGUUUGGUACUAUUAAGAUAUCUUAUUAUUGGAAAUUAUGUUUGGGUCCUGUAGGAUAUGUCUGGAGGUGUUCACAGUCCAGCCAUGUCCUUUUGAUGUUUUUAGCAUAUCAGUUAUUUUACUCUUUGUAUUUUGAUCUUUUCUUCGCCUAUAAAGCACCUCUUUCUAGAACUAUGUCUAAUCUUCCCUUAACCUGUUUGAUGUAGGUUGUAUUUUUUAUUCUAUCAGUAAAUACUAGCCAGGAUUUUGAUGUGACUUUGAAUUUGUAUAUUUAAAUACCAUGUCUUCAGCAUUAUUGUAAAAUAUUUUUCUAGUUGUCCCUCAGAAUGUCCUCUUUCAGAUCUCUCAAACUAUAUACCUUGGCUGUUGAACUUUCAUCAAUUUUUAAACUAAACAAGAAUGCUUUCUUGUUUAAUAAUAGUAUUGUAUUCUCAUUUCUAUAUAUUCUUCACACAAAUGUAUUAUUACAUAGUGUAUGGUCAAAUGCAUCUUUUCUUAGGAAAAUUUUAAGCCCAUCACCACAGACUUGUCUAUAGUAUAGCUCUGAAAAAGUUAUUUUAAAGUUAACCAUUUUUCUCUAGUUCUUGAGGGUUACUGGUUUUAUUGGGGUUAACUAUUUCAAAUGGUCUCUUGGAUUAUCUAAUGCCUUUUCAAGAGUUCAGCAAGAGUUCUCAGGUUGUCUGUACUUUCUUAUACCCUUUGGAGAUCUCUUACAUUGUAUUGAGUUUUCUAAUAUUCCUGAGUAUAUUCCUUGGUAGAAUUGAAAGUAAAUGCUUUAUAUUUGGUGAUAUUUUUUGAAAAUUCUACUUUGAUCUUAAAUGCUUCAAGUAUUACUAUCUUAUGAGUUCUGUUAGUAGUUGUCCUUUUAUAAGGCUGUCAUAUGCUUUCUGUUUAAUUACUCAUAAGAGUGGCUCUUUGAUAGCAUUCAGUUUUAGGAGCUGCAUCUACUUAACUCCCACUUUUAUCUGUGACGGCUGUGUUUCACAUGACCUUGAUUUAUAAUAUAGUAUUGUGUUAAAUAGCUGUUAAAUCUGUGAUGCCUUUAUACCUCUUUUAAUUUUGAUAUGGAUGAUGGAUUAAAACAUUUCCCCAAGUCACUAAACAUAAUUUCAGGUUUUCAAUUCCAUUUUAACAUUUUACAAGAAGAUUCUUGCUGUUAGAUGUGUAGCCCACUCCUUUCUACUUUGGGUAGAAUAUAAUUAUAAUAUGUAAAUAGUCUCAUUUAGAGUCUUACCACAGAGUUGGCUUUGUGUAUUGGUCUUUGUUUAAUGGCUUUUAAU